AUGGCUGCCCUGGAGGGUUUGAACAGGCCUGAAGCCGGCGACUCCACCGCUGCUGUAGUUGCUCCUGGUACAACAAGAGGUGCUCUUCACACCUCUGCUGUUGCUCCGUCACUUGCGCGUAGACCACUUUUCGGCCAGAUUCUAGGGUUCGUGCAAGCCCAGGGAGCCACAUCCGGUGCACAGAGGUCUAGGGCGGGUGACACAGGUCCCGCAGCCGGCGCUUCAUCCUCCGCGGCUGAUCAGGCGGGUGCUGCAGCAUGUGUUACUACAGCAGCAGCGGGUCAGCCAGGUGCCUCUGUCCGUGCUCCUCCUGCUGGAGCGGGUCAGCCAGGUGCCUAUGCUGGUGCUCCACCACCUGGAGCGGUUCAGCCAGGCUCCUCUGCCGGUGCUCUUCCAGCUGGAGCGCGUCUGCCAGGUGCAUCAGCCAUCGUUUCACCAGCAGCCGCGGGAGCGGGGGUGUUUGCUCCACAGGCAGGUGGUGUUCAGCCUGGAGCAUCUGCACUUGUCGCGCCAGCAGGGCCUAGUGGCCAUGCUCUGCAUCGUUCCAACUUGCUCUUCCACGGAUCAGGACAUCCAACCGUGUCUGUGCAUCUGCCUUUGUCGUCGCACGGCCCCGGUGUGCAGGAAUCACCUGCUUUCCUCUUUUCUGCUGAGGCGCUCGACACUAGCAGCAUCCUACCUGGCCACACCUCCUCCGCUCCUCGUGGGACUCUACUGAACAUGCCCUCGCAACAGGUUCUGCCCUCCCCAGCCGCCUCCUCAUCCUUCAUGCCAUCGACCCAGGUUGGUGAGGAGGAGGAGGCCGCCAGCAAGCGGUUCACGGGAGUCACAAAGAAGAAGGGUAAGAACGAGUGGGUGGCUAGGAUUGUCCUCGACCGCAAUUUCAAUUCUCUGAUUGUCAUCAGCAGUCACUUUCAAUGUGAGGUCGCCGCGGCUAGGUCAAUAGCCGCAGCGUCGCAUGUGAUGUUCGUCGACAAUCCCACGAGAGGCGAUCUCAUACCCUUGACGGACGUCGACAGGGCAAGGUUACAGGGUUGUACGGCUCAGCAGUGUGAGCUGAUGGUCCGUCAGAAGUUCUGGCACAAGUGGGAGCAGUGGGCGGAGUAUUGGCCUGCUGUUAAGGCUAAGUAUGACGAAAAAGAGCGCAAGGCUGCGAUGAAGCGAGCCGCACUGGAUAGGAGCUUGGGUCAGCCUGGCGGUCGGCCCGACAAAAUGGCCAGAACGGUGGGUGAAGGCCUGUCACGAGGGGUGACAGGAGGUAACGAUGAGUGUGUGGGAUCUAAGGAUGAAUAG